ACUCGUCCACUUCCUCUCAGUGAGACGACCCGGAGAGGACUUGCGAGAUCUCCUGAGAGAAACGGCACAAAAGUACAGGCUUAUUUAUAUACUAAUUAUCUAGCAUGCUAAAUGCUAACCUGAUAACUAGCUAACAGAAUUGUGAUGUAUUCAUGUUAAAAGUAGGAACAAAAAUCUAUCAUACCUUUAAAAUAUUUGUAUAACUAUUUAUAACUGAAACCCAAUUUAAUUGUUCAAUUUAGGGAUUUAUGUUCUUAUACAUUAUUUAAAGCUAAUAAACACCUGAAACUACAAGCUGCCAGCGAGACUAAAAACACAGGAUGAUCUCAGGUCUCUCCGUAGCUGUGAUUCUCCUUCUCGUGAGAGUCGUCUGGUCGUCGUGCAGCUUCUCGACCUCGCCAUCAUCAGGUGUGAGCGUGAACUGCAGCUCUCAGAAUCUCAGCAGAAUUCCUGAUUUCCCAUCAAACACCACUGAGCUUUAUCUACAGCACAACCUCCUGCUCACGGUUCCUCCAGGGUUCUUCGACUCGUUUCUGAAGCUUCGUGUGGUGGAUCUGUCUGAGAAUCCCUUCCACUGUGGCUGUAACAUCCAGUACCUUAGAGCCUGGCUCCUGAAGAACCAAGACGUGAACAUAGCGAGUCCUACGUGUUCCAUGCCGCCGUCUCUGGCACACAGAACCAUCGCCGGUCUCAGCGUGACCGAGUUCUCGUCCUGUGUGAUGAACCGUUGCUCCGCUGCAGGUUAUAACCUGGCGUUAGCGCUCCUGCUGUGUGGAGUCCUGGGCUUGUUGCUCUGGAGUCUCUUCCUGGCCAAAGAUCUGUCAUUCACUCUGGGCAUCGGAGAGAAGCACGGCAGCCUGAGGGCCGAGUCCCUGCGCUCGCUCAAACCCAAACACAGAGCCAAGUUGAAGAACACGGACCUGGAGACGCCGCUGCUAGACAUGGACAUCCUGCCGCAGAUCAUCGACACGCUGCACAAACGCCACAACAUCAAGAUUAAAGAGAUGUGAUGAACACGCCUUCGUCCCCAUCACGCUUAAACGUCACGUAUCCGACGUGUGAGACGUGGAAUAUUCAGAAUAACACUUUUACACACCAAAAGCUUUUCAUUUUCUUUUUUUUUGCUCUUUUCCUAAACUGUAAUGUAACUUUUUUUCCCCUCCAGUGUUAAGUGCAGAACACUUCAGCUGUACACGAGACUCCGUUACAGUGUGAACUCAUUUACAGAAAACUCGGACAUUUUACAAACAUUUUAUAUCUUUACGUCAUUAUGUCGCUUUGUAGAAGCCAACAUUCUGUUUUCCUAUUUAAGCUUAGACAAAGAUAUAUCAACAGUAACUCCUCCUAGAUCUUUCGGGCCACAUGC